GAAACAUCUGUGAUUUUUCCCCUCUCUCUCUUUCUCUCUCCGAUCUAAUCCGAUCUCAGUGAAAUCAGAUCAAUGGCGCCACCUUCUUUGGUUGCUAAUGGCGGUGAUAUAGCCGUCGGAAAAUUGCCGGUGACUAGCCGUGUGUCUUCGGUGUACAGUGAAGUACAGAACAGCCGUCUCGACCAUCCGCUUGCUCUCCCAUCCGUUUUCGCAAAGCCUUUCAAAGUUGUCGAUGGUCCUUCUAGCUCCGCUGCUGGAAAUCCAGAUGAAAUUGCAAAACUUUUCCCGUCCCUGUUUGGACAACCUUCAGCAGUGUUGGAGGCCAGCGAAACAAGUGAUCCAGGAUCAGCCUUGAAGAUAGGAGUGGUGUUGUCAGGAGGGCAAGCUCCAGGAGGACACAAUGUUAUAUCUGGGAUGUUUGAUUACUUGCAGGAACGCUGCAAAGGAAGUACUUUAUAUGGGUUCAAGGGUGGACCAGCUGGGAUCAUGAAGGGAAAAUACGUGGUGUUAACCCCAGAGUUUAUUUAUCCAUACAGAAAUCAGGGAGGAUUUGAUAUGAUCUGUAGUGGCAGGGACAAGAUUGAGACUCCAGAACAGUUUAAGCAAGCUGAAGACACAGCAGCCAAGCUUGAUCUGGAUGGGCUUGUUGUUAUUGGUGGGGAUGAUUCAAACACAAAUGCAUGCCUUCUUGCUGAAUAUUUUAGGAGUAAGAAUUUGAAGACUCGAGUCAUUGGAUGCCCAAAGACCAUUGAUGGGGACUUGAAAUGUAAAGAGGUUCCUACAAGUUUUGGAUUUGAUACUGCCUGUAAGAUCUAUGCUGAACAGAUCGGAAACGUUAUGAUAGAUGCUCGUUCAACAGGAAAAUAUUAUCACUUUGUACGCCUUAUGGGACGUGCUGCUUCCCACAUUACAUUAGAGUGUGCUUUACAAACUCAUCCAAACAUCACUCUAAUUGGAGAGGAGGUUGCCUCCAAGAAACUGACACUGAAAAAGGUCACAAACUACAUAGCUGAUGUAAUUUGUAAACGAGCUGAUCUUGGUUAUAACUAUGGUGUGAUACUGAUACCCGAAGGACUUAUUGAUUUCAUACCCGAGGUGCAACAGCUUAUUGCUGAACUAAAUGAAAUUCUGGCCAAUGAAACUGUAGACGAGAGCGGCCUUUGGAAACAAAAACUUAUUCCCCAGACUUUGCAGCUUUUUGAGUUGCUUCCUCCAGCAAUUCAAGAUCAAUUGAUGCUUGAAAGAGAUCCCCAUGGAAAUGUCCAGGUUGCAAAAAUUGAAACAGAGAAAAUGCUUAUUCAAAUGGUUGAAACUGAAUUAGAGCAGAGGAAGCAAGUGGGCCAAUAUUCACGCCAAUUUAAAGGGCAGUCCCACUUUUUUGGGUACGAAGGAAGGUGUGGUUUGCCCUCAAAUUUUGAUUCUUCAUACUGUUAUGCAUUGGGUUAUGGUGCUGGAGCUCUGCUUCAGAGUGGAAAAACUGGAUUAAUAUCAUCAGUUGGGAAUUUGGCUGCACCAGUUGCAGAAUGGACUGUUGGAGGAACUCCAUUGACUUCAUUAAUGGAUGUAGAGAGAAGACAUGGUAAAUUCAAGCCUGUGAUAAAGAAGGCAAUGGUUGAGCUUGAUGGUGCACCAUUCAAGAAAUUUGCAUCGAAGCGGGAGGAGUGGGCUCUUCAAAACAGAUAUAUUAGUCCUGGUCCCAUUCAGUUCACGGGACCAGUGGCUGAUAUCUCAAACCACACCUUGCUGUUGGAGCUAGGAGUUGAAGCAUAGGUACAUCGAUGACAUCUAAUGUCUUUUUAGUUGAAAAUAUUGGACAAAAUUUGGAGAUGUUUUGGCAGAAUUGGAUUUUAAGUUGUGUUUUUUUGGCUUAGGUUUAAGAAAAUUUGGCCGUGUUUUAUAAAACUAUUUGAUAUAAUAAAAGGAUCAUGAUUUAUGCUGCA